GGUAGAGGACUACCAUCGUGUAACGACAGCUCCUUUCACACCAACUCAACGAGAUUCUCACAGAUCAUAUCUGUGAAUUUCAUUCAAGACAUUCAAGCUAAAACUAUUUCAUUCAUGUAGACAAGUUUUGGAGUAGCCUACAAUUACGGUAAAAAAAAUACGAUAUUGUGGCGUGCAAGGGGGGUUGUGCGCUUCCGUUUUGUUAUGGGUCUGUGUUGUAGAUAAUGUCAAUGUUUUAUUUUGUGCUUAAUGUUCCCUUUCCGAAUGUACGCUACUUGUGUUUUUAGCCUGUGUUAAUGAUAACGUGUAUUUCUGUUAUCCUUUUUGAGUCCGUGUGCAAUGCAUAAUCGAGUGUAUGUGAUUUCUGCUGUUAGCGUAUUUGCCCCCACCCCUAAAGUGUGUUGUGUCCUCGUAUAAAACUGUCUGCACCCUCUCCUUUUGGUAUAAGUCACUAAAAGGUUGGUUCUUGUGUAUUGUUCUGCAAGACGCCGAUGAUGUUUUGAUGUUUUGAUAGACUCAUCUGUAUCUUUAUGCAGAUAAUCGAGAAGGACAAAUAAACGCAACAUUUCUCUGAAUAAUACUGAAAAGCUGAUUGAAAUAUGAAAUUCUGAAGAUGGAAGAUGUCAGACAGGCCUACAGGCGUGAACACUAGCCUACUCCUUCCAAUAAAUUACGUUGUUGUGUUAGAAUGUGAAUUUGAAACCAGUUUAUUAAAAAUAAUAAGUUCAAUUAAAAUUUAAAUAUUGCUUGCAUGCGGUGCUGUAGGCUAGUAGGCUACUUACAAUGUCAGCUCAAUCCAGGAAAAGGUGAGCAGCCUAUUAGCUGCGAAACUCAAUGGGCUACUUGAGUAAAAAAAAAAAAAAAACAAUUAAACGCAAACAUUAAACUAUUUGAGAUUUCUACAUGUUUGAUAACUGCAUGUUUUGUUACGUCUCAAGAACUUCUGUGUUCCUUUAAAACUCGCCAAGAGUCUUCACUGGUUAAGCCUACGCAUGAGCCACUGAACCAAUCGACGGCAUUGUUCAUAGAGCCGACUAGAAGGUGUCCAAUGAAAGGACCGGUGACGCACGCUCCGGCUGUCAAAGCCUGAAGGUAGGCUACGCUCAAACGCGAGGGCGUGCUGUUAGAUGUCAUUCAGUCCUGGUAGUCUAAUGAUUGCGGCUCGCACCACGCUCGUGACAUAGGUUGACAGCGCUCAAGAAAAACACAUGUGACUUAUAUCUGCACACUGCAUAUCCAGACACAGCGCAAAGAUUUGGCGUGAAACAGAAGGCAAAUAAUAGUCUGCUUUCGAGAUGUCACUGAUUGAAGAAUAUGCAGACGGUGAAUAUGAGAGGGCCCCUAAGCGCCUCAAAACGUCGGAGGUUGAGGAAGGAGAGGAUCUAGAAGAAGGGGAGGAUUCAGACUCAGCAUCCGUGGGGCUGCUUGGAGAUGAGGAUGAACCAGGGCCCGAUGGGGAGCAACGCGCCCGCUGGACUGUGUCAAAAUACGGCUCGGGUAAAAAGGAUAACGGUGAUAAUGCGCACCGCAUCGCUCCAUCCCCAGUGGUCCAUGUGAGGGGUCUGUGUGAGUCUGUGGUGGAGGCUGAUCUUGUGGAGGCCUUGGAGAAGUUUGGAAACAUCUGCUAUGUGAUGAUGAUGCCAUUCAAGCGGCAGGCCUUGGUGGAGUAUGAGAACAUUGACAGUGCUGACCGCUGUGUGACCUACGGGGCUAAAGAAGCCGUCUACAUCGCCGGCCAACAGGCCUUCUUUAACUACUCCACCAGCAAGAGGAUCACAAGACCCACCAAUGCAGAUGACCCCAACAGUGGGAACAAAGUCUUACUUCUCUCCAUCCAGAACCCCCUCUACCCCAUCACUACAGAUGUUUUGUACACAGUCUGCAAUCCUAUUGGCAAUGUGCUGCGUAUAGUGAUCUUCAAGCGCAACGGAAUCCAGGCCAUGGUGGAGUUUGAGUCCGUUCAGAAUGCCCAGAGGGCCAAAUCAGCCCUAAACGGAGCAGACAUAUAUGCGGGCUGCUGCACGCUGAAAAUCGAAUAUGCGCGGCCGUCACGCCUCAAUGUCAUCAGAAAUGACAAUGACAGUUGGGACUACACAAAGCCCUUUCUCGUCAGGAGAGAACGUGGGAAAGGCAGACAACGACAGGCCAUUCUAGGGGAGCAUCCCUCAUCUUAUGGGGAUAAUGGCUAUGGUUCUCACUGCCCCCUGUUGCCGCUGCCUACCAACACCAGGUUUAAAAGAAGCUCACAUGACUUGCCCGAGGUGGUUGCUUAUCCGUUACCCCAGACGUCCUCCUACAUGGGGCAUGCCUCCAGUUCUGUUGCCAUGGUGAGCGGGCUUCACCCUGGGAAGAUGAACUGCACACGCAUCUUCAACCUCUUCUGUCUCUAUGGAAACAUUGAGAAGGUGAAGUUUAUGAAGAGCGUGCCGGGUACAGCACUGGUGGAGAUGGGGGAUGAGUACGCCGUGGACCGUGCCAUCACACACCUCAACAACAUCAAGAUCUUCAGCAAGAGGCUUAAUGUCUGUGUGUCCAAGCAACAGGCCGUCAUCCCAAGCCAGGUGUUUGAGCUGGAGGACGGUUCCAGCAGCUACAAGGACUUUGCCAUGACCCGCAACAACAGAUUCAUGAGUGCUGGCCAGGCCUCGAAGAACAUCAUCCAGCCCCCAUCCUGCGUGCUGCACUUCUACAAUGUGCCCCCCUGUGUGACCGAAGAGGAGCUGGGGAGGUUAUGUUCAGAACAUGGUGUCCCUGGGUUCGUUAAAUUCAAAGUCUUUGAUGCCAAACCCAGCUCUAAAACCAUAUCAGGUCUGCUUGAGUUUGACAGUAAGACAGAUGCUGUGGAGGUCCUGACAGUGCUCAACCAUUAUCAGAUCAGGAUACCAAAUGGAUCCAACCCGUACACUCUGAAGCUGUGCUUCUCCACUUCCUCACAUCUGUAAACUGACCAACCAGAAAGGUGCACAAGCAGUGGAGUAUUGUUCUUCAUAAAGAUGGAGAAUGGUAUUGCGGAUCAAAGAACUCAAAUGUACAAAGAGGAAAGAGCUCAAGUGUGAAGCACUAAAAUAACAAUUUCUUUAUCGGCAGUUUGACACCUAGGAUCAAAUGUAUCAAUCUAUCAGUUUAUCGUAAGACCAUGUGUACACACAUUCCCACAUUUUGUAUUCUGAGGGUUUUCAUCACACACCAUGCACACCCAAAUCACAAAUCUGAACAUGAGUACAAUGAAGCUCAUAAAAACGCUUAACUUCCACCCUCACAAUUAUCCCUUUAUGUGUUGAGACACAUGUGGAAUUGGUGGGAUUAUCAUGUCCAUCUUUCAAGUGAACCUCCACACAGACGGGGCAUCUGCCCGUGAAUGAGCUUCAGAUGCUUGCUGCCAAUCCUGUGGGUUUCUGAGGGAUCAGCUGCCGUGUGGAUCACGUCUGUGUUCACAGUUAGAAGGGAGGAGUAAUAUGAUCUAUGAAGUGAGGGACAAAUGAAUAUAUGUUUAUAUAUUCUUACCUAGAUUUGUGCCAUGCACUGCUUUAACAAAGAAUGAAUUAAUCAUCCAUAUUGUUGCCAUUUGUUAGUGUCAUGGUGGAGUCUCACAUAACUUGAGAGUCAUUUAAUGGAAUUUUAUCCUGGUGUCUAUAGUCUUCAUUUCAUUGGGGAAAACUGACGUUGCUGUAGAAUGCAUUUUAAUAUUGGGCCUGUGUAGUGUUAAACAUACCUUGAGGUCAUCCGGGUGAACCCUUCCCAUACAACUGACACGAUAGCUACUGACAGUUCAGUUACCACGGUAAUAGGACAACACGAGAAACAAUAAGACUACGAGAAUUCCUGACUGUAAUGAUUGAUACACAGACUGUUUAGCCUACUUGCAUCACCGUUAGUUUCUCUUGGUGUUGCAUAUCUUCAAAUCACAAAUAUGAUGCGUACACCGCCUCAAGAUCAUGCACAGAGGCAUGUAUGUUUUCCCGUCAAGUUUAUUUAAAAAAAUACAAUUUUAAUGCGUAAAAAAUGCUUAGCACGAUUUGAGUGCGUGUGCACGUCUGAUACAUGAGACCCCUGGGGUGUCAGUAUUGUCUUCAUAUCCUAGCAUGCCUUUUGGCACCUGCACUAAGUUCCUGAUUACCCUGGUACAAGAGGACGUGGGAUUAAAUGCAUUAUUUUAUCUGUUUGUGUCUACUUGGCCGUCAUGGGCUUUUGUCUGUAAUUUUGUUGUCAAUAUGUCACUGGCACUGCUAGUAAGCUGUGUACAUUUGAAAUAAUAAAUACAUCUAUAUAUGUCAGUCCUGUCAUAGUUGGAUCAACCUAAAUGAAUAUAGUGUGUUUGUCUGUGUCUGAAUCCUGGUAGAUAACAGGAGUUGUUGAGGAACAGAAUUACAAGGAGGAAGUGAAAUCUGUAUAGACUGUAAUGUAUAUUAUAUUGUAAUAUAUCAUGGAAGGGGACAAUGUUGUUAUACAUCUUUCAUGCAACUUUUAGUUUUGUGUUAGUGUUAGUUGAGUUGUUUGUCCAUAUGGGCAAUAGACACAUCCAAGACCCAGUUCUGAGCAUGGUCAGCCAUUAAAUCAUGUGCCAGACAUUAAAGGUAUGCCAAUUAUUGCUGCUAUUGGAGUGCAGAGUAUUUCUCCAUGGUUGACGUUUACAGGAUGCAGUACCAAAAUAUUUGUGCAUCUAUAAAAUACAAGGAUAUAUUUUAUGUAAUAUAUUUUAACAGACUGAAAAGAUUGUUUUGUGUAUAAUAACUAUGAAAAUUAUGAAGCUGUAAUUAGUCAACAGCUCUGACACAGACGCCACACAACAAUAUAAUAAUAAUAAUAAUAAUUCAUUUUAUUUGUAACGCACUCUUCAUUCAGAAGAAUCUCAGAGUGCCAAUAUAUAUCUGAAUGUAUAAUUGGAACUACUGAUAACUACUAUUGAUUUAAAUGUUUUUGGAAAAUUUCAAUAUUUCAGAAAUAUAGUUGUUUAUCAAAGUCAAAGUCAGUGUAUUAUUAUGGUCACACCAUAAUAACAUUUAUAAUGGUGGAAAUGGCUGUUAAAGCUGGAAAUGAUUGAUUAAUCUCGAAUAUCUACUUAAGGUUACAAAGGCCCUUUUUAACAUCCUCUUCUGUGUUUCAAUACAACCUUAUGUUAGCUAAUCCUACAUUAUCCUAGUUAUCCCAAUGAUCCGGCCAGUUCAUCUGUAGAUAACCCUUCUGCUAUUAUGUUUGUACUGCUGAAAAUGCUUGAAAAGCUGAAAAAGCAAUAAAACUGACCUUUUUGGGCCA